AUGACCCCGCCGUCGCCACCGCACGGCUCGCCGGACGCGCGCCUGGUGCCUCCCUCGCCCGUCGCUGCAGCCGCCGGUGCGGGUGCCGCAGUAACGCCCCCGCGCCGCAGCUGCGACGACGCGGCGGCGUGCGUCGUCAACGACGUCGACGCCUUCGCGCGCACCAUCGCCAGCAUCAGGUCGAAGCCUGCCGCGGCUGCCUCGUCCUCGUCGGAUGGCGGCGGCGACCACCUCGCCACCGUGCUGUCCCACUACGCGGCCAGGUGGCUCCCGGACGUCGCGUCGUCGCCGUCGGGGCGGUUCCUGCUGCCGCCGCAGAGCCCCACGGCGACGUGGAUCAGGAAGCGGCUCCUGCUCGAGUCCCUCGUCGCCGCGCUCCCGCCCGAGGGCGGCGGCGGAGGCGGCGGGGACGACGACGACGGCGGCGUCACGUGCGACUUCCUGCUCCGGCUGCUCCGCGCCGGGAGCAUGGCGGGCGCCGACGCGGCGCUGCUCGCCGACCUCGAGGCGCGCGCGGCGCGGCGGCUGGACCAGGCGUCGCUCGGCGCCGUCAUGAUCCCAGCCUUCCGCUGCGGCGGCGGCGGCGGCGACCCUCCGGGCGCCAGUGCCACGCUGCUCGACGUGCCCCUCGUGCUCCGCCUCGUGCGCGGCUUCCUGCGCGAGGGCGGCAAGGCCGGCGGCGGCGCGGCGGCCGCCUGCAGGGUGGCGAGGCUGGUGGACGCGUACCUCGCCGAGGCGGCGCUGGAGGCCGGGCUGCGCCCGGCGGAGUUCGAGGAGCUCGCACGCGCCGUGCCGGCGCACGCCCGCGCCGCCGACGACGGGCUGUACCGCGCCGUGGACACCUACCUCAAGGCGCACCCGCACGCCGGGAAGGAGGAGAGGCGGUCGCUGUGCCGGCUGAUCGACGCGCGCAAGCUGUCGGCGGAGGCGGCGGCGCACGCCGUGCAGAACGAGCGCCUCCCCGUGCGCUGCGUCGUCCAGGUGCUCUUCUCCGAGCACGGCAGCAAGCUCACCCGCCUCGCCGAGUGGACCACCGGCUCCUUCCGCUCCCUCCAGGCCCGGAGCCCCGCCGACGUCGUGCUCGCGGCCUCCGCCGGCGGCGGCGGCGGCGGCGCGCGGUGCCCCUCCAAGCGCGAGGUCGUCGUCCAGCACCACGAGCUCCGCCGCCUCCGCGAGGACGUCUCCCGCCUCCAGGUGCAGUGCCACGCGCUGCAGGCGCAGGUGGACCGCCUCAGCUCGGACCACCGCCGCCGCCGCGGGCUGUUCAAGUGGGGCGCUCUCCUCUUCGGCGGCGGCGCCGGCGCCGGCGCCACGGGGGCGGCGGCCGUCGUCGUGGACGACUCCGACAGCGGCCUGGACAGGACGCCGCUGAGCGGGAAGAAGGGCGUCCGCGCGGGCGCCGGGUCGACGCCGGCGACGGGCACACCGGCGGUGGCGAGGUGGCGCAGGUCGCACUCGUGAGCGCCGCGUGUGUCGUGUACGUGCGUGCGUGCACAGCACGGGUGGCUGGUGAUCAAAGAUUCAUUCAUCCCAAGACAAAACGUGUUGGCUUCUUUGUUUCUUUAAAUCUGUUCAUUUAUCUUCGUGUUCGUGUGCCUGUGAUCGAUCGAUUCGCUGCUCCUUGGCGCUUGGAGUGAGUGUGCUUAGUUCUUUUGCUUGGUUUUUUCCAUGUGUAUCCGAUGCACCGCCGGAAUCGGGAACUGAUCAUGUUUAGGGCUGAGUUAGAGCGUCCUUCACCAUUUCGUAAUUUUACGCCAUAAAUUGAUAAAGAUUUUAGUAGGAUUAUAGAGCCGAGCAAGGCUAAUAAUAUAGCUAAAAAGUUGGCUAUAAGAUUUCUUAUAGUCUUCUCUUG